AUGUCCACCAUGAUCGACCCGACCAAACAGGCUGAAUAUCCCAUCGUCCUGGGGAACAGACUAGCCAAAAAUACCGCUUCAGGUCGUCUCGUGAAUGUGAACUACAAUUACAAAUCCAAGUCUGCAACACCUCAGCAGCGAUCUAAAAUCACUCGAUCUACCCUCUCGCGAGACCUCUAUGACCUGUCCGUCACCGAUAAGCCCUCGAAUGCCGACCACACCAUCACAUAUUCGUAUGUCGGAAGUGAGGAUCCCUCCGGGGACCAGUCGCUGGUUCUGGUCUUUGACCCAGAGCGCAAGGUGUUUGUGUUGGAACCGGUUUCCACCAAACUGAAUUUCAAUCUACGAUCCGCUCCUGGGAAGACGGAGAAGCAAGUUCUGGAACAGUAUGAACAGCUGCGGAUAUCACAUGAGGGAGACAACACAUCCACGGCGGAUCACAAUGGGGGAAAUGAGACUGAGGACGAAGGACCGGCUGACGAGAGCAAUCCUUAUGACUUUCGGCACUUUUUGCCUAAAGAAGGCGCAGAGGAUCCCAAGGUCCCUUCGAGAACUUCAACGCCGGAGCCAAGUAAUACCAGCAAGACCGGCACACCUAAUCUCCCACCGAGCCGACCCACAGUAAAGACGGCACCGCAACCGAGGGCGCCAAAGGCUCCAGCGAAUCCGCUACGGGAAGUCAAGCGUGUUCAGAAACCCCCUGUGAAGCCGAAGGUAGCUCGAGAGAAGCCCGCGGACCAGGCUCCUGAGCCGGUGCCUCCUAAAGACCUACCGACCGAGCGAGAUGAGUCUCGGAUGUCAGAAUCAGAUGCCGGCACGGCAAACGGCUCGCAGCAGUCUGUCCAGUCUCCCGGCUCAAAUAUCAUCAUCGACGGCGAGCUCAUCAUUGAUAUGGGCUCGCCCCCUCCCAAAAGGGCUUUCAAAGUCAAUCCCUCUUUCUUUUCCUCGAACAACACGCCUAGCGACGACCAAGAGGCGAACGACUCUGAGGUGGAUAUUGACUCGGGAAACUCAACCUGCCCCCCUGCGGGCUCUGUCGGGACUGGAGACGAUAUGGAGGAGGACGAUGAUGACGCAUUGGCCGCGGAGAUGGAAGCUGCUUUCGAGGCAAGCGCACGGGAAGAAGAAGCCCUUGGUCACAGAUACGGAGAAGGCAACUACAUCGUGGGCAUGGGUAGCGAUGAGAGUGAAGUCAGUGAAGAGGAGUAG